CAGAGAGAAACUAUAUGCUUAAUAUACUGUACUUUGCUUGGGCAACAAGAGAGUUACUUAUCAAGUGUUCAUAAUCAGUUGUAAUGGGAGCCCGUUUAAGAAACGACAACUCGAUCAUUACGUCAUUCUACCUCAAAGUUAUGGCAAUCAGAAAACGGUACAGGAAGCAAAACGUUUGCUAUUUUGUCUAAAUUGCGGGUUUGUCUGCUUACCGGUAGAUAGAGAACGCGGAAGAGCAAUUCAUGACGUCAAUUUGCAACUUGUUUGCAAGCAAAUUCGCGCUUACCGCUUUUCGUUCUGUUGAGUGGGUACCCAGUCUGCGUGGGCUCACAGAUGAUUGGCAAGUAGCGGAGAACACGGUCAAUAGAUGAGUAGCACGAGAAUAGGUAGAGACGCGAUGACUAUAAAAGUGACUCCAGCAGCACAACCGACAUACAGUUGGAGGGUGAUAAUCACAAUGAUACCGAAUCGACUAAUCAUUUUCCUGCUGCCAUUGUCGAUGUUUGUCACACACGUCGCUUCGCGUGGAGUAAAAGGUGACAGCAGUGAAGACAGCGUGACGGUGGCACAAAUCAAUGUGCAAGUUUCUCUUGGAGGAAAUAGUACAUCAAAUGGUUUGAUGUCGAGAAAAAUAGUGCGAAUGAAAGGAGAGAAAGGAGACCGUGGGAAAGCAGGUCCACCUGGAAGACCAGCACCAGAGAACAAAUGCAGCUGCAACUGCUGUUUGCGUCUGGAGGAAAUAGAAGAGAAACUAUCAAAUCUGACUGCAGUGGUCAAUCAGUUGCGGUCACAAAAGGCAGAGAAUGAGACAGAAAGCACAAGCCAGGAAAACAGAAGUUACACAAGUUGUCAAGAGGCUAAACAGUUAGGCAAACUGCUGAGUGGAGUGUACACUUUGGACCUUAAAGAUGGAUUGGACUCGUUUCAAGUGUACUGCGAUAUGUCGACAGACGGUGGUGGCUGGACAGUGUUUCAGAGACGCCAAGACGGUUCUGUUGACUUCUACCGCGGAUGGUCUGACUACAAAAACGGAUUUGGAGACUUGAACGGAGAAUUCUGGUUGGGAUUAGAUAAAAUAUACAGACUGACAAAGCAGGCACAGACUCUUCGCGUAGACCUAAUGGAUUUCAGUGUCCGUCGAGUACAUGCUCAAUACACGGAAUUCCAGAUAAGCAAUGAGUCGAGUAAUUACAGCCUGGUGUACACAUCAUACAGUGGAAAUGCAGGUAAUGCACUGGCUAAACACAAGGGUAUGGGAUUUACCACCAAGGACAGAGACAAUGACGUGAUGACUUCGAGGUGGUUUCCAGUUGUAUACGGUACUUCAAGUCCCAACUGUGCUGUAAACUGGAAAGGAGCUUGGUGGUACUAUAGUUGUCAUAAAUCUAACUUGAAUGGUCUCUACUUGAAAAAUGAAACGUCUACUAACAACCGUGGGAUCGUUUGGUCUACUUGGCAAGACGGUAUUCCUCUCAAAUUUACAGAAAUGAAAUUGCGUGUUAGUUGGUGACAUCUACUGCUACUUCCAAAGCGUUUACGCUGACUCAAUACAUUGAUAUUAGCGAAGAACUCACUCUACUUUAGUCGUAUUGCAACAGCAUCAGAAAAUAUGAGCUAG